UCUGCACUUUAGUCUGCUAUCAGUCAAGCGUGGGCGAGCACAACAGCUGUUAGACAUUUUGUUUGUACUUUAGCAAUAAAUCUGUAUCUGCAACGGUGCUUACAUAAAACGCCAAUGUCGCUCAGAGCAACGAAAUGCAGGUCGAACGCUGUCGUACGUACAUUACGGAAAAAUUUCCACGAUGUUCAUGCGGCGCACACCUACACUUCAAUACGAGAACUUUACGCAGCCUCUUCGACGGGCCGUCCCGAGGAUCCGUUGAAGGGAGUUCGGGUACUCGACCUGACUCGGAUACUGGCGGGCCCUUACUGUUCCAUGAUUCUUGGUGACCUAGGUGCAGAGAUAAUAAAAAUCGAAAGACCGGGUGUCGGAGACGAAACGCGGAACUGGGGACCGCCUUUUCUAGGAAAUCAAAGCUGCUAUUUUCUGUCAGUAAACAGAAACAAAAAGAGUGUAGCCGUUGACUUGAAAAGUGCUGAAGGCGUUAGUCUGAUAAAGAAGAUCGCUGGGACAUCUGAUGUGCUACUGGAAAACUAUCUUCCCGGAAAGCUAGACUCCCUUGGUCUUGGAUACGAAGAUAUCAGGGCUGUUGCACCUCAAAUUGUAUAUUGUUCCAUAACAGGUUAUGGACAGAAGGGACCAUACAGGGAGCGUGCAGGCUAUGAUGUCAUCGCUGCCUCUAUGGGAGGUCUUCUACACAUCACAGGACCCCAUGGAGGUGAACCGUGCAAAGUCGGUGUUGCUAUCACAGACUUGGCAACUGGCUUGUAUGCCCACGGCGCUGUCAUGGCUGCACUUUUGCAGCGAAAUCGCACAGGCAAGGGACAAUGGGUCAACUGCAAUUUGUUCUCAACCCAAGUAUCUGUGUUGGCCAACAUAGCUUCCAACUACCUCAAUGCUAACCUUGAGGCCAGCCGCCAUGGGACAAGCCACGAAAGCAUUGUGCCAUAUGCUGCAUUUGAAACGCUGGACGGCUACAUCACAGUGGGAGCUGCAAGUGAAGGCCAGUUCAAGGUCUUCUGCAGGGUCCUGGAUGUUAAUGAGCUCCUGUCUGAUCCUCGUUUCAAAGACAAUCCAAGCCGUGUCCAAAACAGGGAUGCCCUAGUUGAAAUUUUGAAUAAAAAGUUUAAGCUCAAGACAACAAAGGAGUGGCUGCAGCUUUUUGAAGGCUCUGGCAUACCGUAUGGGCCCAUCAACACCAUUCAGCAAGUGUUUCAAGAUCCUCAGGGCAAGGAAAUGGUGGUAAAGCUUCCGCACAAGACUGCUGGCACAGUGUCCUUAGUCGGCCCUGCAGUGGAGUUCAGUGAUGGCAUGAACCAAGUUCGAUCACCCCCACCUCUACUUGGAGAGCACACAGAUGAAGUGCUGUCAGAGUACCUUACUGCAGAUGAGAUCGCCCGACUUCGAGCAAAGAAGGUCAUUGCGUGACAAAGACUUGAAAAUGUUGAAAAUUGUGCAGUUUUGCACAAAUAUACUUUUUCUUAUAAGUACCACCUGACAGAAAAAUAAUUCUUUUUGUAUAAAGGCUUGUAUUUUUAA